UUCAGUUCACUACAUUACUCUGUUGAAAGCGGAGGUGUACACUAGCGCUGAUCGGCUGAAGCUCGGCCGUCUUUCGAACUUGUCACUGUAGGGUGUUUGUGUUUACAGUUAGUUUGUGGUUUGUUUUCAAACAGCGAGUUAGGUUACAGAGUGGUAUUUGGGUGUGUCAGUGUUGCUAGUGAAAGUUAAGAAAGUUUAAUUUAAAAUGUCGAAACAAAAAGAGCCAAUGAUUGAUUAUCCAAAUAAUCCAUACAAACUUCCUCCUAAAGAACCCACAAUGGUCCAAGUGAAACGAUUUUUAUACAAUCCUGAAACAGGUGCUUUCCUUGGGCGCACACCUUCAAGUUGGGCGAAAAUCGGAAUCUUCUACGUGAUCUUCUACUUCUGCCUGGCAGUGUUCUGGUUGACGUUCCUGUGGCUGUUCUCAUUGACACUGGAUCCUCGGAUACCUAAGUACAAAUUGGACGAUUCCCUCAUCGGUACCAACCCAGGUCUAGGGUUCCGACCAAUGCCCAAUGACUCCAACUCCCUCAGCACGCUGAUCUGGUACCGAGGAACCAAAGACAGAGACUAUGCCUUCUGGGUUGAGAGCCUACAGCAAUUCUUAGAUGUGUACAGAAUACCUGGUAAGACGCCGGGCAGAGGUCAGAACAUCUACAAGUGCUCAUACAACCAACCACCGCCUCCUGGCAAGGUGUGCGAUAUCGACGUGCGAGACUGGCAGCCCUGCACCUUCGAGGAGAAGUUCGGCUACCAUCUGCAGGAGCCUUGUAUCUUCAUCAAGUUGAACAAGAUCUACAACUGGAGGCCAGAGUACUACAAUGAUACCAACGACCUUCCAGAGAAAAUGCCUCAAUCUCUGAAGGAUGCGAUUAACAAGACAGCUGAAUUGGGACCGUCUUAUCUGAACAAUGUGUGGGUGUCGUGUGAGGGGGAGAGUCCUGCAGAUAUAGAGAACAUAGGACCUGUGGAGUACUACCCACGACCCGGUCUUCCCGGAUAUUUCUUCCCAUUCGAGAACUCAGAGGGUUACCUUAGUCCGUUGGUUGCAGUCAAGUUCAAACACCCCAAAGCUGGUAUCCUGAUAAACAUCGAGUGCAGAGCCUGGGCUAAGAACAUUGGAUAUGAUCGUAGAGACAAGAUUGGAGUUGUGCAUUUCGAGCUGAUGAUUGACUAAGUGUUGCAGGACAACCGGUUCAUCGUCUCUCUCUUCCGUCAUUUAUCAGUAAAACUAUAAACUCUAACACUCAUUUUAAUUUUAAACAAAGGUUGUUAGUUAUAAUACAGGAAACUUUACAAUUGCACAAAUUGUGCAAACAACCUAGUUUGUAUCUUUUAAAUGUUUUAUUACAACAUUUUAAAAGCUAACACUUAUUUUUAUGUUACAAAAAUUAUGUUACAAAAGUUUUAAUACUGGAAACUUUACAGUUGUACAGGUUGUGAAAAAACAAGGUAAUUUUUGUAAUUUAAACAUUUUUGUUUGAAAAUAUUUAUAUUGAGAGAAAAAGUCAUAAAAUAAUUUAUAUAAAUUAAAGAUUAGAAAUUCUUAUACUUGUUUAAAGGUACAUGUAUCUGAUUCUUUAAUGAUUUACUGAUAAGUUUAAGAUCAGGAACUUUGAAUGCCAAAUCAAAGAUUUAAGAAUCUGAUCCAAGAGUUUUGUAACAUUUUAUUGUAAAUACUAGAAUUCACAUCUCAGUGCACUGUUUUAAGUUUUUAUUGUAGUGUUAAGAUUGUUUGUCACUAAUUUAUUGUUCAUCCAAAGUACCAUAUCAGCAAAUUUAAUGAUUUAUUGUUAUUAGUUUACAGUUUCGUUGGAGUUUUAUUAAUCCAUUAAUCCAACAUUUUAAAACAGUUUAAUUUUGGCCAGUUAUGUGUUGUGAGUUAUAAAAACAUAUAUUUAGUGUCAUGCAAUGUUUAUAGUAUUAGAAACAACAAAUAUUUUCAUACUUACAGUUUUAGUUUAAUGUAGGCGUAUGGUAUUUUUUGUUAUACCUUGUAGUAAGUUUCCAUGUUCAGUUGUAUUAAUUUGCAUACUCUCUUAGCCAUUGUGAAGUGUUGAAAUACAGGAGUAACACAAGUGCCGUUAAGGUAAUCAUGGACAAGUAGUUUGAUUUAGUUUAGAUGCUCAAUAUUAGGAGUUUUUAUAUGACAUCUUUACAUAAAUGUUUUUGACUAAUAUAUUAAGACUUUUGCUGUAAACUUUACUACUUACGUGCCUCUAACGUGCUUUAACUUAAAUACGUCGAUGUUUAUUUUUCAAUAAAUUUUACAAUCACGUUGUUUCGGUGUAUAUGUCUAGUGUGAGUUUUUAUGGUUUACAUUAUUUAUAAUGAGCGAUAAAGCUUUAUUUUCAUAGUGAAGGUGGUGUAGGCAGUAAAUUACUGCACAUAUACUGAUUGCCUUUCACGUUGUUUCCCUCAAUACCUGUUGGGAUGUGUACUUGUCAAAUAUUCUAUAAUUUUGACAAUUUUAAUUAUUUUGAAUAUUGUUGUGUAUUGCACUAUAUCGAGACAACUGAAUAUAAUUUACUAAAGUGUGACAUUGUCUCUAGUAUAGCACUUUUAAAUUAGAGUGGGACGAUAGAAUUCAGCGUAAAUAAGUUGUCAAGGAUUCGAUGACUCCGAGUUCAGGGAGUGACAAAAACUCGAAAGAUAACUGAAGGCUAGGGGAUCCUCAGAGGCCAAAAGAAACUACAACCUCGGUUUACCCAAAGGCCUAUGCUGUAUUCAGAAGUCUGACACCCUUAAGGCUGGGUACAUUUUGAGGCAAGAGCUCACAAAGAGCGUUAGAGGUCAUACAAGCCUCGUGAGAGGAAAUUGAAAGCUGGACAAAGAGGCUUUUACUUUCCUUUUAUUGGAAGAGUAAGUCCAGGAGCAAGAAAAUUACUGAUGACAGCUAGAACUUUAGCCUGGAUGGUGCCGUAAAAAUUGUGUUCAGAGAAUCUUAGGAGAUCAAUGGCAUGGUGGAUCCUUCCUAAUGUUUCAGGGUAUACCAGUUAGGGGAUACACACGUGAGAAUUUAGAAUUUGAAUGUUUCCAAAAACUUGGAAUUCCCGGAACCUGGCAGUACCGGAAACUGAAGCUCCCAGUUGGUUUAAAAAGUAAUUAGGACUGAGUCUGAAUAGUGAUAAAGAUCAAGGCAAUCUAGAUAGAAGGAGCACAGUCCACGGUCUGAAAGUACCUAAAAAUUAUAGAUUACAGGGACCUAGGGUACUGAAUCAUCGUGUGUUGGCCUUAGUCUGUGCUUUUCGAGUUCAAUCUUGACAGGUUUUGUUUAGCUAGAAAAUAAUGUAAAACUUUUGUUUACAGCACAUAAAUAUAAAACCUUUUACAGCUUUAAAUUCACUUUUUAAUGAAGUAAUAUUAUUUAGAUUUAUCAAAACUUUUGCUUGUAGAUUACAAAAUAAUCUAUCCAAUCUAUGGAGUCAUGAGAUUGUUUAACCCCUUGAGUGCUAGGGUUUUUGUCUGUUCUAACUCUCUAUUGGGUUUAUUUUGCUUUUGGAUGACUCAGUCGUUAAGCACAUCGGCAGAUAAACAAAGAUUUGUCUGUUCGGUGUUGCUGCUGAGUUAUCGCUCCUGAGGAGGCACUUUCCCUCUUCUGUUAGACCUGUAUUUGGCUUAUACUGCUGGGACUGGUAAUAUAAGCAUUAGGCAAGUAGAAAAUAGUAUGAUCAUAGGGUAUAAUAAUUCCUUGCAAUAAACAAUUAAAAUACAGUAGAAAUGAGUGAUAUAUGUUUGUGCAGGCACUGUACGAUAAAGUGGGUCUGCAUUUUAAUCAUAACACCAUUAAAAUUGGUCUCAUUCAAAAUAGUUUAGAGCAUAACUUAGGCUGGGUAACAAAAAACAUUUUAACACGUUCACGACAAUGGCUUUUUUCCGGACUUGUUUAUUUUUUAAUAAUAAUGGUAAAGAAGCAAAAAAUCUUAAUUUUUUUACAUUAAACGUUUAAGUAUAAUGAGAAAAAUUGUAGGCUUCAUAAUUUUGGUACAACAAAAAUUUUAAUCUGUUUAAAAUUUUUCUCUGUAUACCUCAAUAGAUACGUAAAAAACUAAUUUAUCUUAAAAAUUAAGCAAAAGUGUGCCUGGCAAGGUACACGUUAGUCAGAGGUAUUUAUUUCAGUGCGAGAUCAAAUUAAAGAAACCACCAAAACAUGCAAAAAAUAAAAACGCAAUAGGAAAAUGUGUACCACAAUGAAUGAAUGUGUGUGUGGUGUUGGAACUUGUACCACAUCAAGCACACAACAUAGUUUAUGAAAGCCCGGUCUGUACCCGAUCGGAUACACAACAGCAGUUGUGAAAGAUCGCGUGUACCUGAUGGGGUACACACCAUCGUGAACGUGUUAAAUAAUAUUUAUACUAGUACCUGCCAUACAAAUUUAAACACUUUUAAAAAUGACAAAACUCAAAUGAACUCUGUAUUAAUUACAAUACACUUAUUGUACGAUUUGAUUGCGGUUUCAUUGUUAGCCACUACAGUAGAGUGUAGUGGAAAUCAGCUGUCAAGUCCUUUUAUUUCAAAUAAUCCCUUCUAGGGUAUCUAGUUUUUCGGUUUACAGCAAACUUGGACGCUUCCCUGAGGCCAGUACUAGUACCGGUCAGCAGAAUACGCUAUUGUUAAGCUAUAUCCAGAGAAUGGUAGUUACUAGGUCUCACCAUAAGAUUGCGUAAUCAGGCAGCUAUUGAUGAUAUGUUAACAUGUGUGAGCCAGUUACAAACAAAGAUGAGUUCACCCAUGUUAAUGUAUGGCAGUCAAGGGGUUAAAUAAAUGCCUUACAUUAAAAUGCUACCUUUCCUUAGUUUUAAAAUAAUUGUUAAUAUAAAAAAAUAGUAAUGUUAAAAUAAGUACUGUAUAUUAGACAUUUAAGUUCAAAUUUAAAAUGGUUAAUUAUGAAUUUAAAUAUAUAAACGGACACCUCACAGUCCUAUCAUAUCUUAUAAAUUUGUUAUAUAGAUGUUGUAAAAAGUAUUUUUAUUAUAAUAUAGUUGACACAAGGCAGAUGAGAUGUGCCUGUAACAUGUGAGUGCGUGUCUACCACCGCAGGUCUGCUUCAAGCAGCAGUAAGCCGUCCGAUAGAUUAGGAAAAUAAAUGGAUUAGUUUGUUGUUUGUUGCUUACAAAGUAUUUUGUUUUGUUUUCAAUUGUUUAUAGUAUGUCACAUUGUCUUUUAGGUAUGAUAAAAUACUUUAGAAUUUAUUACAAUAUUAUUUUACAUGUUGAUUACAAAUGCAAUAUGGUGUCGUCAAUUACUGUAAGGACUGUAUGUUAUUAUAGAAUCGACUAUAGCAUAAAGUGAAAAAUUACAACAUAUGACAUUAUUUUACAUGGAAGACAGAUCUAUUGUAUUCAAAAGUAAAUAGAAAAGCGUGUAUUAAACAAAUUAUAUUGUGUUAAAACACCCAUCUUUGAAAAUUAUGUGGUUUGUUCUUUAGAUUAAAAUUCAUUGUCUUAUAAACCUAUAGGAUGAAAUGCACCCUUUUGUAAAUUUUUACGUUAAUAUUUAAAAUUGGUUCUAAAAUAAACUUGAUUUUAAUCCCUUCUAUUCCAUCAUUUUUUUAACUCUUACAAAAAUUCCAAUAUGUAAAAUAUUUGCGUUAUUUUGUACACUUAGCAAAACUUAAUUUUGUUCCUUAUUUAUUAACUAACAUUCUAGAGUAUCUUUCAUUUUAUUUAUCACACAAUUUAAUAAAUAAUAACUCAUGUAAUGAAUUUGCCACAAUUUUGUCCUCAUUAAUGCUGUUUAAAAACAUCUUGCAUUGAUUAGAACUUCUUACGUAAAACUCUGCUUAAGAAUAGACAACCUUGCCAAAUUUAGUAUUUAUCUCAAAAUGUAAAUAAAAUAUUAGAUACGUUAAUUCAAUUGCAUUGUAAGUUGGUAAAAGAUUGAAAAUAUAUUAUUUAAAAACCCACUGGAAAAAAGAUAUAUCCCCCACCCCAAGUUAUCAGUGGUCAGAAAAAUAAUGUUUAUGGACACACAUGAUUGGAGCCAACUUAUAUUUGACAUAAAGAGUAUACUACUCUUUAAGACUUUAGUUUACGUUCCCUUGGUUUAUGUUAGUUUUGAACGUACAGGGUAUACAUAUACAGAACACCCUGUAUAGUAAAAAUAUGGUAUAUUUAACCUUUUUUAAAUGUACUUGUAGGAUUGAUUUCUUUUUUCUUUCAGAAUUUUCAAUAAUCAAUUUAGUUUUUUCCCUCAAAAUCUCUUCAUUUGCCCCUUCCCCACUCCUUAUACUGAUGAUUAACUUUUAACAUUUCAAAAGAAUUGGUAAUAUUCUCGUGUACAUAAAUUAUUGCUUGUGCAUGAAGCUAUCUUGUUAGGUAGCUAGCUCCGAGAUGUUUUCAAUGAAAUUUUGAAAAAAAUUACUUUGUAUUCAAAGAUUUUCACCUUACUAAAACAAAGUAUGUCAUUCAGUUUUGUUUGCCUAGAGAUUUGACAAGGCAAAAUAAGAAAAGUAAAAAUUAUUUUCAAAGAAAAUGCUAUUAAUAAUGAAGAGUACUACUCGUUAUUAGUUAUAUAGAUGUGCAGAGAAAUGCACAGACGAUACUAAAUGAACAGUUGGGUGGUUCUAAGGGCAGCAUACUUUAAUAGCAUAAUUUUCAUCACAAUCUGUCUACAAGUUUUAAAAUAACAUACUAACCAUGUUUUAAGACUUUAAAAAUAAUAAGGCCCAAAAAUCUAGUGCAUUACAAUUUUUGUAUAACAGCAUUGUAUAGCCAUUAUAGUUGGGUGUACCAAUUAUCCUAUAUAACCUUGUCGAGAUAUUAUGAUUGUAUGUGUAAUUUUUUGAAAACUUUAAUUUAUUAUUUGGCUUGUAAUUGUAUGUUGUAUAACUGUGCCUUUAAAAAUGUGACUUACUCUUGAGAAUUAGUGUGAUAAGACCCAAGCAUUGUACAAAAUAAAACUGCAAUGUUCUGUCAUUGUCUAUUAUUUAUGUGUUGUAUUUAAGAUUUAAUAAAAUAAAUACCAAAUAUUUUGGUUGAAAA